AUGGGUACUUCAAUGGGUUCGACAACCGAAACUGGAAUUGAAACAGGAAACAAAGGACAAGCUGCAGCUCUCAACACGGAAAAUGAUUUAAAUUCUUCUGCAAAUGUUAAUUCUGCUGUUGACGCUUCUACUAAGGUCAAUAGUGACUGUAUUGAUGAGUAUAUCAACAAAACUGUUCUUGAGACUAAUGGUGUGCCAGAUGUUUAUACAUUUGUGGAACCUGAUACUGGUGUAGGCAAGAAUGAUCAAGAUAAACCUAACCAGAUCGACACUACUGAGCAAGAAAGAAUUCCAGUAGUAGUAAGGACUGAUAAUAACUCUGAUAAUAAUGUUGUGGGUUAUUCUAAAUCUGAUGAGUGUAUUAGGUCUUUGUUUGCUGAUAAAGAACCUUCUUUUGACAAAAGUGUGGGUGAUAAUCCUGAUGUUGUCAUUGUGAAUGACAUAGUGGCUGGUGACAAGUCACUAGAUAAGACACCUUGUGCUAAUGUUGCAGGAAGAAUCAGAAGUAGGGCUGGUAAGAAUGUCAAGAAGAAGAGCUUAAAGAGAAAAGAACCCCCUUCUAGUGAUUCAGACUUUGAAAGGGAGACAAGUGUAGCUACAUCUAGUGGCACAUCUAGAAGAAGUGUGGAAGGAAAGAAGGUGUCUGUGUCCGUUCCUUAUGCUCCUCUAGAUAAUAUUUCUUUUCAUCUGGAAAAUGGGUCAACAACGUGGAAGUAUGUGUAUCACAGAAGAUUGGCUCUUGAAAGGAAUCUUAAGGGAGAUGUUCUAAAAUGCAAAAAUGUUGUUGAUGUACUUACACAUGCAGGUUUGAUGAGAAAAAUGACUGAUCUAGGUGACUGUUUUGAUAUGCUGGUAAGGGAAUUUGUAGUGAAUGUUGCUGACAAUUGUGAUGACCUUAAAAACCCUGAGUAUAUGGAGGUGUUUGUGAGGGGUAGAUGUGUUCAUUUCUCUCCAUCUAUAAUCAAUAAGUUUUUGGGCAGGAGUGAAUAA